AUGGUAGGACUGGCUCUGGUUAUUUACUUUAGCCUUUCACCUGUCUAUUCACCUACAUCAAAAACCACUACUCCUCAUUUAACAGUUUUUUCUUCCCAAACCCAUAAAGUUACUCUGCAACCGACGACUUCCAACCCUAACCUUCCUCCUGCGAAUCCCUCUAGCUCUAGCUUUUCAUCUGUCUUUCCACCUACUUCUUUCACACCCCCUAGAACACCUGUUACCUUUGCUACCACUAUACCCAUAUCUUAUACUACUACAAUACCCAUAUCUUAUACUACUACAUCCACAUCUUAUACUACUAUGCCCACAUCUUAUUCUACACCUGUAGUCCAAUAUCUUGAUACAGGAAAAACUGCGAUUAGUUAUCAAAUCUUUUUCUCUCUUAGUAUUCUAGUCAUAAUGUCUGACUUAAAAAGUGAACAAAACGCAGAUAGCUCUUUUAAUUUUAAUGGUUCGAAUGGCCAGGAAUUUCUUACCAGACCUGAACCUUCUGAUGUAGGUUCAAAUCCAGAAGAAUCUCAACAAUCAAGCGGAGGUCCUAUAAGAAGAAAAAAUAAUGCAAAAUCUCCCAUGGACGAGUUCUUUGAACGAACAAAAGAAUCUCAAACUUGUAAAAUAUGUAAAAAAAUGUAUGCCGGAAUUGGUGAAACUUCAACUGGUACUUUAAAAACUCACUUACGAAGGAAUCAUCAAUCUGAAUUUGAACGAGGUGCUCAACAGACUGAUUUUGAACGAAAAACUCGAACUACUUUAAAUUUUCGGAAAGUAACUCCGUAUACUAGACAAGAUAAUUUUGAACGAAGUAGAUCUUUGAUUAAUUGGAUAGUAUCAACAAUGCAACCUUUUUCUGUUAUAGAGGAAGAAUCUUUUAUCGAAAUGAUAAAAAAACUUGAUCCACAUUAUCAUUUACCAAGAGGACAGUAUAUAAAAUCUCAUGAUCAAAAAAUACCAUUUUUGGUUCCACAAAUCGACAAUGAAACUCAAUGGAGAUCAACGUAUUUGAUGAUUGAAAAGGUAAAACAAAUGCAAAUACAAGUGAACAUGCUUUUCUUACAACAUCAAGAUGAAUUUAUCGAUUCGUACCCUGAUGAUAAUGAUUGGUCAAAUAUAAAUGAAUUGCUUACUGUCUUAUCCCCAUUUUAUUCGGCUGCUUUAACACUUUCUUCAUCUGUAUAUCCAACAAUGGGUGAUUUUCAACUUACUCUUUGGAUUUUAAGACAACAUUUACAGCAUGAAAUAUCAGUUAAUGCUACUCGAAACGUUGUGGCUGAUGCUGUACUUCGUAUUUUGGAUCAAUAUUGGUCAAUUAUCGAUGAUACUUCAAAAAUUGCUUCCGUGUUGGAUCCACGUACAAAGUGCACAAUUUUUCAACAAGGAUCAGAAACUGAAAAUGUGAUAAAUUCUAUUCGGGCCAUGAUGGCUUCUUACACGCCUACAUCUUUAGAUAUUCCUGAAAGCUCUAACUCUGUUAUAACACCUACAUCAGAUCCAACACUCUUAUCAUCGUAUCAUUCUCCAACAUUUAAUAGAAUUGAUGCUCGAGCACAUCUUAGAUCUCUCACAAACCAAUUCCUUCCAGUUACACAACCUAUCACAAGCAACGAGUUAGAACAAUAUCUUUCUUUUCCUGGUGGUGAGGAUUGUGAACCCUUGAUAUGGUGGAAAGCCCACAAAAAAAAGUUCCCGGUUCUUGCCGCGAUGGCGCAAGAUUAUCUUACGAUUCAAUCAUCGAGCGUUUCUUGCGAACAUGCUUUUUCCAUUUCCAGUUCAAUUUUUCACAAAUCACGAGGUAAGCUAAACCCAGAAAUUGCCCGACCACUUUUGUGUUUACAUAGUUGGAUAAUUGAAAAGAUUGGUGAAAAUGGAGGUAUGGAUGAUCAAGCGAGUAGUGAUGAUGAUAGUAAUCUAAAGGUUGAAAUGAAAACAGAUAACAUUGGUGAAAAAUAA